AUGGUGUGCGAGGCCGAGAAUCCGCCGCCCCACGCCGAUGGCCCGCGAACCGCCCAGCGAUUCGAAAUCCAGGAAACAUACCGUCCCUCUGCUCCCGCCCCCUCAAAUCCAGCCCUCAAUUUCCCCUGCCUCGACGCAAUCGAGUCCCGCUCCGCACGGCUCAGUGCCGACUGCAGCUCCGCAUCCCGGCCCGGCUUCUCAUCCUCAUCCUCAUCUUCAUCUGCCGGCCCCGAGCCCUCGUAUACCUCCGGCGUUACCCUCAACUACCACUGCCGUGACCCCCUACUGCUCGACUGGGGCGGCGUCCUCCCCUCCUUCAACAUCGCCUACGAAUCAUGGGGCCGCCUCAACGCUGACAAGUCCAAUGCCAUCCUACUGCACACUGGCCUUUCAGCUUCUUCCCACGCCCACUCGACAGAUGCCAAUCCCGCCCCCGGCUGGUGGGAAAAGUUCAUCGGCCCCGGAGCCCCCCUGGACACGGAUCGCUUCCACAUCAUCUGCACCAAUGUCAUCGGCGGCUGCUAUGGCUCGACUGGCCCUGGCAGCGUCGAUCCGGGCAAUGGCGAGAUGUAUGCCACACGGUUCCCCAUCCUGACCAUGCAGGACAUGGUGCGAGCACAGUUCCGUCUGCUGGAUCACCUGGGUAUCGACCGCCUCUACGCCAGCGUCGGCUCCAGCAUGGGCGGCAUGCAGUCUCUGGCUGCCGCAACCUUGUUCCCUGACCGUGUGUCUCGUGUCGCUACAAUCAGCGGCUGUGCUCGAAGCCAUCCGUACAGCAUCGCCAUGCGUCACACGCAGCGCCAGGUGCUGAUGAUGGACCCCAACUGGAACCGCGGCUUCUACUAUGGCCGUGUGCCUCCCCACGCCGGCAUGAAGCUUGCCCGCGAGAUUGCCACAGUCACAUACCGCUCUGGCCCCGAAUGGGAGCAGCGCUUCGGCCGCCGCCGAGCUGACCCCAGCAAACCUCCCGCUUUGUGCCCAGACUUCCUCAUCGAGACAUAUCUCGACCACGCCGGCGAGAAGUGGUGCCUGACAUAUGAUCCCAACAGCCUGCUGUACGUCAGUAAGGCCAUGGACCUCUUCGACCUUGGCUACGAGAACCAGAUGGCCACCCAGGCGCGCCGCAGAGCCCGUGAGGACGCCCUCGCCACCUCCUCCUAUUCCCCCUCAGACUCUGCCGCCGACGCGCACUGCAGUCUGACGCUCCCCAGCGAGCCGUACCAAGAGCAGCCUGAUUCGUCAUCUUCAGCCAGCGACACCUCCGAGACUCCCUCAUCGCCAGCAAACCCGGCAUCUUUCCUCCCUCCAGCCGACCUGAUCCGCGGCCUGUCUCCACUCCGCGACAUCCCCACGCUCGUCAUGGGCGUUGCCAGCGACAUCCUAUUCCCGGCAUGGCAGCAGCGUGAAAUUGCCGAGUCUCUACGCCUAGGCGGAAACCGAAACGUCACUCACGUAGAGCUGAGCGAAGAGACGAGCUUAUUCGGUCACGACACUUUCUUGCUAGACUUGAAGAACGUAGGAGGGAACCUGAGGUUGUUCCUCGACUGAAAGGCGCAAAACGACUGGUGUAAGGUAAAAACAGGAAACAUGAAUAGCUUGUUUGUAAACCGAUGUAUAUAUUGAUGUUUUUUUUUUUUUUUUGCCUCCUGGAACAACAGUUAGUAUGUUCCGGAUAUUUUCUUAUUUAGCGCACAUGGCCUGGUUGGAUCUAACGUCGAAAAAAUAUUCCUUCUUUUUUUC